AUGCUCAGCCCGUCAACAAUUCAAGUAGGGAAUCUCCAACUAGGAUGGAUAGGCCUCGGAUCCAUGGGCCUUGCUAUGGCCCUCAACAUCCAGAAAAAUUUACAAGCAAACAGCCAACCUAGCUUGAAAUACUGGAAUCGUACAUUGUCAAAAGGCGAUCCACUGAAAAAGAUAACUGGUGAACCAAGUCCGUCUGUGGGCGACCUGGCUUCUUCUUGCGGGGUGAUCUUUAUCUGUGUUAGCGACGAUGGAACUCUCGACAAAGUCAUCAAUGAGAUAGAGAAGCUAGGCAGCAGCCUCAAAGGCAAGAUUGUUGUGGAUACGACAACUGUUCACCCCUCGACUACAACUUCCAUCACCACUCGGCUCAAAGCUCACGGUGCGUCUUACGUUGCCGCUCCAGUCUUUGGAUCUACGCCCACUGCGCAAAUAGGCCAGCUCCUUGUGGCUGUCGCUGGCGAGGAAACAGCUGUGUCGACCAUCUUCCCCUUCCUAAAGGGCGCUAUAGCGCGUGAGGUUAUCCGUGUUGGCGAAGACCCAGCGCAAGCUCUGCUUUUGAAGACAACGAGCAACAUGCUGACUGCAGGCAUGAUGUACUUGAUCUCGGAAGCGCAUACGCUCGCUGAGAAGUCUGGACUUCCGUCCUCGGUCCUGGAGUCACUUAUCGAGCAGAACCUUGGCAGUUAUGCGCACGGUGUGUCGAAACGACUCACUUCUGGCGUCUACGUACCGGCUGAGGGUCAGGCGCCACAGAGUGGCCUAGAGCUGGGGAUCAAGGACGUACAGCAUGGUGUUGAUCUUGCGAGGAGCAAUGGCAUGAAGUUGGAUGUUGCGGAAAGCUAUGUGGAAGCUGCGAAGGAGGCGAAGGAGUGGAACAAGAAGAGUGACAGAGUCCUGGAUAGCAGUAGUGUGUUUGGUGUGGUGAGGCAGAGGGCGGGUUUGGAGUUUGAGAAUGAAGUGGUGAAGGAGAGAGACUCCAAGACGGGUGGGGCAGGCACUUGA